UGCGCGCGAUUUGCAGGUGGAGGUGAAGUUGGUGUUUCGAAACGUUGGAGUAGUUCUACCCUUCAGUCUCAGGUUUUCAGAGGAGUGGCUGCGGGGGCAAGAUUGCAGCAGAGGCAUCCAGGUACUUUACAAUUGUGCAGAGAUGGCAGACACUGAAGCUGACUUAGAAGAGCUGCAGGAGGAGGUGGAAGAGGAAGCACCAGCCUUGGAAGAAGAAGAAGAAACACAAAAUGAAGAGGUCAUCUUGGAAGAAGAAUCUGAUUCUUCUGCACUUCAGACUGAACAGCCAGUUCUUGAAGCUGAAGAAGAAUCAGAAGAGACAAAGCCGAAACCAAAGUUAUUUAUGCCAAGCCAUGCUCCCAAAAUUCCUGAUGGUGACAAAGUUGACUUUGAUGACAUUCACAGAAAACGUAUGGAAAAGGAUCUGUUGGAACUGCAAACUCUCAUCGAAGCCCAUUUUGAGAGGAGGAAAAAGGAAGAAGAAGAACUUAUUGCUUUAAAAGAAAGAAUUGAGAAGCGCAGGGCCGAGAGAUCUGAGCAACAAAGAAUCCGAGCUGAAAAGGAGAAGGAGCGGUUGAACCGAGUGGCUGAGGAAAAGGCGAGAAAAGAAGAGGAGGAACUUCGGAAAAAAGUAGAAGACGAUAUGAAGAAGAAGAAGGUUCUGUCGAAUAUGGCACAUUAUGGAGGCUACCUGCAGAAGACUGAAAUACGUCGAAGUGGCAGGAAGCAAACAGAGAGAGAAAAGAAAAAGAAGAUUCUGGCAGACAGACGCAAACCUCUAAAUACAGAGCACCUCAGUGAAGACAAACUCAAAGAGAAGGCGCAGGAACUAGCAGACUGGCUGCUGCAACUGGAGGGAGAGAAGUUUGAUCUGUCUGAAAAACUGAAGAGGCAAAAAUAUGAAAUCAACCUGUUGCAAAUUCGCGUCCAUGAACAGAUGGGAAAAUUCAGUGCAAAAGGACCUCGUGGUAAGGGCAAGGUGGGUGGUCGUUGGAAGUAAUAAUGGAAUGGACACAUCGAAGGAAGCACCACCCACUUACUAACCAGAAACUUGAUUUCAAGAAGAAAGAUGAUUGACAUUGAAAUUGUUCAAAAAGGCAUGAUCAAAACAACAACAAGUUUGUUUUAAUAUGAAGAUUUAAAUUAAUAAUUCAUUUGCAUUAAUUAUAUAAAUAUUUCAUAAUUUAGAAAUUAGAUGGAGACAUUUUUUCUGAAAAAUAUGCAUGAAUUUGAAUUUACUUGCACCAUGUCAACAGAAUGUAAUUCUAUGUUUGUAACUCAGCCCAAGUAUUAUUUUCAAACAUUUCCUCUACCCUUUGAAAUGUGCACAUUAAAAUAUUAAAACAA